AUGUCCGAAGAAGAUGAGCACCAGCGGAAAGCUGCAGCGAUUUCGCAGGAGGAGUUUUGUCGGCUUCAGGAGCAGCUCAUCGCAUUGCGUAACUGCAAUUACGAAUUGCUGGAGGAGAACAGACGCCAGCAGAGCUGCAUCGACGCUCUAUCCUCCAGAGGCGGCUCCGACCCGUUACUCUCCGUCUCCAAGUUGAUCGGUCGAAAGAGGGAAAAAGAAAACGUGAACGAUAAGUUCGAAAGUGAAGUUCGUCUCCUCCAACAAAAACUGGCGCUACAAGAAGAGGAAUUCCGCCUGCAGCAAUCGACGCUUCUUUCUGAGUUAAACAAGGUGAUGAAACACUGCGAACUUUUGGAGGAGAGCACAAAAGGAUCGCGAGGAGAUGCUUACAGCGAUGAAUUAGCUGGAAUGCUUGCGGAAAAGGAUCUGUUGACAGAGCAGAUGAAAGCACUGAACGAGGACUUGUUGUCUGCGAAGAAAGUUCUGGAUGAGGAAAUUGCUCAGGAAAAGCAGAGUGAAUAUGAAGCGUGCAUUCGUGAUAAGGACGAUGAAAUUUUGCUGCUGAAUACUUCCCUGGCUUUGGCGAAAAGAGCAUCAGUUCAGGAAAAGGGGACGCAGACGGACAAUCCUGAGGAACGAACAUCAUCUGUGCAAAACUUUGAAGCUGUCAAAGCGGCGCUGGAGGCAAAGAUAAAAGAGGGCGAUGAGGAACGGAAAAAAAGGGAUGAAGAAAUGAAAGUUGCGCUGAAAAAGCAGUCUUCGAUGGUGAAGGAGUUGCGGCAUCAGGUGCAGUCGGAGAAAAAACGCGCCGAACAGGCAGAAAAACAUCUGGAAGAAGUUCUAGGAGUGAAUGAUGCGUAUCCACAGAGUACGUUUCGCUUAUCAAAUUUGUCUACUGAACAGGAAGGUCAAUUUCUCCACCGGCGCCAGCAACGUAUUGGAAACUGUGGAACUAGUUGCGCAUUGAUGCUUCAAAUUGUGAAGCUGGAGAUUUGUUAG